UACCCAAUACCGGCCUCUUUAAUCGUGGUUCUCAGAGAGGCGAAGAUCAUCUCGUCUAAAAGUAGCAAAUCCAAGGCGCAACAAUGGCAAAGGAAAAGACUCAUAUCAACAUCGUUGUCAUCGGUCACGUAGAUUCUGGAAAAUCUACUACCACUGGCCAUUUGAUCUACAAAUGCGGUGGAAUCGAUAAACGAACCAUCGAAAAGUUCGAGAAGGAAGCCAACGAGGAAAUUUGAAACUGAAAAGUAUUAUGUCACCGUCAUUGAUGCCCCAGGACAUCGCGACUUCAUCAAGAACAUGAUUACCGGUACUUCACAGGCUGAUUGUGCUGUAUUGGUUGUUGCUGCUGGUACUGGUGAGUUUGAAGCUGGUAUCUCAAAGAAUGGCCAGACCCGUGAGCAUGCCCUUUUGUCGUACACUUUGGGAGUGAAGCAGCUUAUUGUUGCUGUGAACAAGAUGGACACCACUGAGCCCAAGUAUCAUGAGGGGCGUUUUAAUGAAAUUCAAAAGGAAGUCAGUGGCUAUGUGAAGAAAGUUGGCUAUAACCCCAAAGCCGUGGUAUUUGUUCCCAUUUCUGGUUUCCAUGGUGAUAACAUGUUGGAAGUAUUGGAACAGUGCCAGUUGGUAGAGUGGAGACAGGCAUCCUGAAGCCAGGCAUGGUGGUGACAUUUGCUCCUACUGGCCUGAGUACUGAAGUAAAGUCUGUGGAAAUGCACCAUGAAGCUCUAACAGAAGCUCUUCCUGGUGACAAUGUUGGCUUCAAUGUGAAGAACGUGUCAGUAAAGGAAAUAAAACGUGGCAAUGUUGCUGGUGAUACCAAAAAUGAUCCACCAAAACCAACCAAUUCCUUUAAUGCUCAGGUCAUUGUCCUUAAUCACCCAGGAGAAAUUCAUGCAGGCUACAGUCCAGUGCUGGAUUGCCAUACUGCCCAUAUUGCUUGCAAAUUUGCAGAACUGCUUGAGAAGAUUGAUCGUCGUUCCGGCAAGAAGUUGGAAGACAACCCCAAAAUGAUCAAGUCAGGAGAUGCCUCCAUAGUUAAGAUGAUACCAUCUAAGCCUAUGUGUGUGGAAAAAUUCUCAGAUUAUGCUCCGCUGGGACGCUUUGCUGUACGUGACAUGAAGCAGACAGUGGCUGUAGGCGUCAUCAAGGAUGUGGAUAAGAGCGAAGUCGCUGGCAAAGUGACAAAGGCAGCUCAAAAAGCUACCGGCAAGAAAAAAUGAAAUUCAGUACACCAUCUCAAUUGCAAAAGACUUCUCCGCUUACAAGUCAAUCAUGCUGUAGUAGUUGAAUGGCUCCUUUCCUAUCUAUUUCAUCGCAAGUCUGUGCGAAGGCGGAGACUGUUUUAAUAUGUGAAGGUUAAACGUGUACUUGGUAGAAAUAAAAUUAAUAAAACGUUCUGUUGUA